AUGGAAGAAAAGGAGGAGGCUGAGAGUUCGGUCCAAGAUGGAGCUUCAGAAGUUGCUUCGUCGCAAAGUUCAGUCUUUCUGGAAUCUGAAUUGGCUUUUCAACUAAUUGAAACAAUCACAAUUACCACAGUCUUAAGCCAAAGCCAAGCGAAGGAAUGCGAUGAUGCCUUGAGUCGAAUACGGAAAAUCUUUGAUAAAUACCUCGACCUUCCAUCGUUGAUGGACAAACAUAUUGGAAAGAUAGUUGGCUUACUGACAAAGGCUGCGCAAGAGAUUAUGGCUUCCGAUCUCAUGGACCAGUUUUGGGAUUCUUGUCUUCCACGAGUAUUGUCGGCACUCUAUUCUCUGUCCAAAGUCCGUGGUAGAAAGCGAGUCCAAAAGUUUCUACCGCACACAGUGGAUGAUGUGGAAGUAGUCUUUGAAGCAUUACGAAAGCUAGAUGACUUGCGCAAGAAUCAUUCACAAUCUGACGCAAUGGCUGAAGGACCACAACUUUGGGAAUCCAUUCAUUCAUUGUGGAAUUGGGUGGGGAUCUUAAGUUUGGUACCCUUUAAGUCUUCCAUUAUUGUCGACGAGAAGAAAAUAUCUGACUUGAUUGCACUGGGGAAGACGCACCUCUCGGAUCCAGGUCCCAUUCGGGAAAUGGCGGCAAGCUGCUUGGCAUCCUGGUUGUCACGGCCAGAAUUUGAAGGAACAGAUUUGGUAUCCUUUGUCAAAUGGUCCACUGAGAUUCUGAUAGAUAUAUCCUUCGAUCGACGAAACGUGUUUUUGACCAUGGGUUGCCUACAAACACUCGUUUCUAUACUCAAGACUUCAAAGGCAAAGCGUGAAACUCUAAUCUCAUUGAUGGAACCGUUGUGGAAUACAAUUUCCAAGCUCUCGGAGAGCAAUCCAUCCAAUCUGCUGCUCCGCAAAAAUCUGAUCAAAUGGUGGACGCGUUUAGGGUGUGCCUAUCUUCCUCCUCGAGUUGCAUCUUGGCGGUAUCAACGUGGACGUAGGUCGCUGAUGGCCAACCUUUCGCAAAAAAAGUCACAGGAAGGCGAUGAUGCUGUUUCGGAGGAUUCGUCUUCUUCUAGGAGCUCAGAAGAUGACUUCUUCUUUGUACCAGACGAAGUGGAAGAAGCAAUGGGACAUGUGGUUGGUGGUCUGACAGAUCCAUCUACGAUUGUGAGAUGGUCCGCUGCCAAAGGGGUUGGUCGGCUCGCCGAGCGCCUACCCAAGCUAUGUGGUGAAGAUGUCGUAGAUGCUCUGCUGCAAUUGCUGGAAGAUGUGGAAAAGGAUAACGACUGGCAUGGAGCAUGUCUCGCGUUUGCCGAGUUAGCCAGACGGGGGCUUCUGUUGCCUCACAGGUUUGAAGAGGUGAUCCCAAAAAUUGCACAAGCACUCCAUUACGAUGUCCCACGGCGUCAAACCAGUGUGGGAGCUCAUGUCCGGGAUGCCGCCUGCUAUACAUACUGGGCAUUUGCUCGGGCCUAUUCUCCUGAAAUGUUGAGGCCAUUUGCGCCGCAGCUGAGUGAAUCUGUGGUGGUUGCCUUUCUGUUUGACCGUGAGGUCAAUUGCCGACGGGCUGCCAGUGCUGCCUUCCAAGAAUUUGUAGGGCGGCAGGGGGCUCAGAACUUUAAGCACGGGAUCUCAAUACUGACUACAGCUGAUUACUUCUCUUUGGGAAAUCGAAUUGAUGCCUACAAAAUAAUAUCCUUGCAUGUUGCACAAUAUGAUGAAUACAGGAGAGCCAUGAUAAAGAAUUUGUAUAACAUCAAAUUACAACACUGGGACAAAGCCAUCCGUACUCUUGCAUCGCAGGCUCUUGGAAAUCUGACACAUUUGGAUACGGAAUACAUUGAAUCAACUACCAUACCACAGUUGUUGGAGAAUAGUCUGGACCCAAGGAACGUUCAGCUUCGCCAUGGCGCUGUUCUCGGGCUGGCGGAAAUUGUAAAUGCUUACAGUCGCUUGGUGAAAGAAGAAGUGCCUUUAGACCGCCUCUUGAAGGAAGAGACAUUAUCCAGUCUUGCUGAACUAGUCCCUGUAAUCGAAAAGAAACGACUGUAUCGUGGGAGAGGUGGCGAGCAGAUGAGACAGGCUGUCUGUCGUCUCAUCGAGUGCAUAUCAAUCGCAAAGAUUCCUAUGACUGUCCCCCAACAAGUACGAUUACUCGAUUCCAUUGAUGCAUGUAUUCCACACCCAAACGAAGUAAUCCAGUUCCAGGCGGGCAUGGCUCUUGAGGCUUUGAUGCGAUCAUACUUUCCUGUCAGUGCAAAGGGACCUUCGGAUCGGCUACAAAAGCGAGUCUUCGACAAGUAUGUCAAAGAAGUAAAGACAAGCAUCAACCCGGCUGUUACCAGAGGAUUUGCGUUGGCGCUUGGCCAUCUACCUCCAAAGCUUCUAGCUCCAUCUGAAAAGCUUCUGACGACUGUACUGUCAACUCUAUGCAAAAUAUCCCGACCUGAUGCAACAGUUGGUUCUGACAAGGAUGCCGAAACCAGGCGAAAUUCCCUAGUCGCUCUAGCACGGAUAUGCAAGACUGUCGGGAUUGACGAGGGGCCACCGAGCGAUGCACCGUUUGUGGUUAAUUUGACAGAGCGUCAAGUCAAGUACGUCUUUGAAGCUUUUUUUCGCGGUCUCGAAGAUUACAACAAAGAACGUCGGGGAGACGUUGGAUCCAUGUCUCGGAUUGCGGCGAUGGAAGGUCUUGAGGCAUUGACUGUAUUGGCAACAAGAACAAAACUUCCAAAUGCAUUCUUUUCGGAAGAAAUUGCGACCAAAAUUGUCGGAGGCCUGCUGAAACAACUAUCGGAAAAGCUGGAUGCAGUGCGAUUGAAGGCUGGAGAGUGUCUUGUACGGAUCCUGCGGCAUUGCGAUCCGCCAAUACCCUACAUUUCAAGUCGUGGCGAGCUUUACUCUGCGCUGAAAAUCGAAACCGACAUCAAUUGGGGCGAUGCAUCCGUAGUUUUUCCUCUUGUCAUGAGUGCUGCCCAGAUUGAUACCUACUUCUCGCAUAUUAUUUCUGGCUUGAUUGUUAGCGUUGGUUGUCUGACACAGAGUGUAAGCAAGAAUGCAUCUUCCGUCCUACUGCAGUGGGUGAAACAUGCCAGCAAGGAAGAUGUUGAUCGACUUGGAAAUGGUUUCUUGAAACUAUUCGAAGAACACCAACAUGAAGGACGGGUCGUCCUUCCUUUGCUAAAGACCAUUGCACUAUUGAUGGAACGCGUGGCGAUUGAUCAACUCAUUAAUGAUGCCGCAUUCGUAUCAUCUCUGUGCACACUGCUACGCGAAGAAGAGAAAGGUUGCAAGGAUGUACAUCGACUGACUUCUAUUGUUUCAGUAACACUCGGUCUUGUAGGAACAAGUGGUGAAAUAGAAAAGGAGCCUCUAGCAUUUGUUUGCACAAUGCUCAAACACCCUUUCCCCAGGGUGCGACGCAUUGCGGCGGAGAACCUCUACGUGCGACUGCUGGAAUCACCGGACCUUGAUGGCGACAAUCCAGCGCUAGAGUUGCUCUUGACGAAUCCGUGGGACAGCGAUCAGUCUCCUUUGAAUGUGAAGAAGAUGGCUUCUGAGUUGGCGAGUGCCCUUGGAGUCGAAUUGCUUCCCUCUGAAGAGGGAUGA